GUCCAGCUGUGGAUGGAGAACCUGACAUUCACUCCUCUCACUCAGCCGAUUGUGUUUGAACUGGAGGGCUUCGACGUUCCACCAGGACAUGGUCCGCUCUUCUUCUUCUUGGCCCUGUUUGCCUACAUGGUGGUGCUGCUGGGGAACGGUGUGGUGAUCUGUGUCAUCAUGACGGACCGGAGCCUGCACAGACCCAUGUUUGUGAUGAUCUGCCACCUGGUGGUCUGUGACCUGCUGGGCGCCACGGCGGUGCUUCCUCGCCUCAUGAUGCACUUCCUGAUGGGGCAGAAGAAGAUCAGCUACCUCCCAGCUAUUGCUCAGGGUUUCUGUGUUCACACGUACGGCGUUGCAAUGCAGACCAUUCUGGGAGUGAUGGCUAUUGACAGGUAUGUGGCAGUGUGUGAGCCUCUCAGGUAUCUCUCCAUCAUGACUUCGGCUCGGCUGCACAGCUGCUGCGCUGUGGCCUGGAUCGUUGCUCUGCUGCUCAUCGCUGUGCUCUUCUCCUUCCACAUGAACGUCCCGCUGUGCGGCCACAUCCUUCAACACGUCUACUGCACCAACCGGAUCAUAAUGAAUCUGGCCUGCACACCCACUCCCAUGAACGACAUCUAUGGUUUAGCCAUGACCUGGUUUGUGAGUACAGGGAUGUUCAUCAUCAUCGCCUUUUCCUACAUCAGGAUCCUGGCAGCUGCUCUGAAGCAGGGCAGGACCGACAGCAGCAUCCGCACCAAGGCCUUCCAGACAUGCGCGUCACACCUUGUGGUUUAUGUGUUUUAUGAAAUAGCUUCGCUGAUUAUCAUCGUUAGCUACAGAUUUCCAUCCGCCACUAAAAACAUGAAGAAGUUUCUCAGCAUCCUGUUCAUCAUCGUCCCUCCGGCCAUCAACCCCGUCAUCUACGGGCUGGUCAGUAAGGACCUGCGCUCCAGCAUCAUCAAGCGUUUUUCUACCAGAACCGCUCGCAAGAACAGACUCUCUGUCCCACAGUGAAUAUUUGUUUCAAAAGCAUUAUUUAUAAAUAAA